AUGCCUCCCGUGGAGCCGCAGCAAUAUGACUAUAUCGUUCUCGGAGGUGGUAGUGGUGGUAGCGGCAGUGGACGCCGGGCAGCCGGGUGGUAUGGCGCAAAGACAUUGAUAGUGGAAAGUGGACGCUCGGGUGGCACUUGUGUCAAUGUCGGCUGUGUGCCGAAGAAAAUGACCUGGAACUUCGCAUCCGUCAACGAGACGCUCCACGUUGCCGAACACUACGGAUACACUGUCCCGAAGGAUGUCAACAUUAACUACCGUCAUUUCAAGGAUCUCCGGGACUCUACCAUCAAGCGGUUGAAUGGUGCUUACGAGCGGAACUGGAACCGCGAGGGCAUCGAUCUCGUCCACGGCAGAGCCCGCUUUGUCGAGCCCAAAGUGAUUGAGGUCGCCAACGAAGAUGGCACCAAGGUGCGCUACACUGCACCCAAAAUCCUGAUCGCUACUGGUGGACGCCCUAAGCUCCCCGAUGUCAAGGGAGCUGAGCAUGGUAUUACCAGCGACGGGUUUUUUGAGAUCGAGGAACUGCCCCCCAAGAUUGCCGUGGUUGGUGCCGGAUACAUCGCUGUCGAGUUAGCUGGUGUCAUGGGAGCCGUUGGCGUCGACACUCACAUGUUCAUCCGUGGCGAGACCUUCCUUCGCAAGUUCGACCCCAUGAUCCAGAAGACUAUGACGGAGCGGUAUGAGGCUACGGGUAUCACUGUUCAUAAGAAACACCCCGGUUUCAAGGAAGUGCAGCUUGUGCGGGACGGAAAGGGCAAGGACAAGCUUCUCAAGCUGAUCUCGAACGAUGGAUCCGAAAUCGAGGUUAAUGAGGUGUUGUGGGCUAUCGGUCGGUCGCCAGAGGUGGAGGAUCUGCACCUCGACAUCCCCGGCGUGAAGUUGGACAAGGCUGGAUUCGUUGACGUCGACGAGUACCAGAACUCGAGCGUCGAUGGUAUCUACGCCCUGGGUGACGUUACCGGACGUGCCGAGCUGACUCCUGUUGCCAUUGCCGCUGGCCGUCAACUUGGCAACCGUCUGUUCGGACCCCCCGAGCUGAAGGACUCCAAGCUCUCCUACGAGAACAUCCCAACCGUGGUCUUUUCCCACCCCGAAGUUGGCACCAUCGGUCUCACCGAACCCGAGGCUCGUGAGCGCUACGGGGAUGACCAGAUCAAGGUUUAUUACACCAAGUUCACUGCGAUGUACUACGACGUUCUGCCCGCGGAGGAGAAGAAGAAGAACCCGACGGAGUUCAAGCUGAUCUGUGCGGGACCGGAAGAGAAGGUGGUCGGACUGCACAUCCUCGGCCUGGGCGUGGGCGAGAUGCUGCAGGGAUUCGGUGUGGCAGUCAAGAUGGGAGCUACCAAGCGCGAUUUCGACAGCUGUGUUGCGAUCCAUCCCACUAGUGCGGAGGAGCUGGUGACUUUGCGGUAG